AUGAAAGCAGCUCGACCAAGAGCUCGAUCGAGUAGAAACAGAGUAACUGAGCUCGAUCGAGUUGGGGGUCGAGUUGGUAAAAACAGAGGAAAGCCAAUGCAAAACGAUAAAGGUGCAAACUUUAAGCUACUAAGACGAAGAUUAGGGCUAAAGACAGGCUCGAUCGAGUUGGUCUUGGCCGGUCGAGCUGGCGGAUGGGUCGAGCUGGCUUCAAAGGCGGCUUCCUUCUUCAUUCCAAGCAUGUGCGGUCAAGCUGAGUCCAUGCACAAUGUCCUCCUUGCUCCUCACGUCUCAGUUGCUCCAUAG